GGCCAAUUAGCACGAGGCGGCGGCAACGGUGACUGUGGAAUUAAAGCCGGUUAUCGAUUGGAUGGUUCCUGUUAUGUCGAUUAUACAGAUAUGGCCUUUGUGGCACCCGCCUGUUUCUUGUUCUGGCUCUUGGGUUGGCAAGCUCAGUUAGGCCAAAUUCAGCAAGAGAUGAAGCAAAUGGAAGCUACCUAUUUUGGUGAAAGUAUCGCCAUGCUAUGUUUGUUAAAUGCAAAUGUUCCAAUCUAAAUAUUUGUCAGUUGUCCAUUUUUCUUUUCUUUCUUUUUUAAUAUUAUAAAUUUUUCAUUCAUGGUUUCAUUAUCUAUCUUGACCUUGUUUUGGGCAAUAGCAACAGCUGUAAACGGACAAGAUGUCAUUCAAGUUGAUGUCCCCAACAAUAAACUCAUCAGUAAAGAUCUAUUAAAUAUUACAUACACCGUGAUCGGUGGUGAAAUAGCUAACCCUAAGUUCAACGUCGAAACCACCUAUCCAAACUCUCUCUCGAUCGACUUUAUUUGGUCUGACCAUAACAACCCCAGCAAUGUGCUAUCAUUGAAUGUUGCUUCAGGCUUAUUAACCGACCCUUACCCAGGUGGGCUCAAAAAUGUCGAACAUAAAGAAUCUUGGAAAGCUCCCAACUGCCAUUUCUUUAGUCGCUACCCACCUAGCAACUAUGAUUUUUCGCUCGUUUUUACACCUAUAUACCCCACAGUGGCCUUUGGAUCAGCACCUAAUGUAGGAACAGCUCAAUCAGCCUUAACUGUACCCUUAGCUGUGAUGGUAGAUAACUCUACUUUCCCCAAAUGUUAAACCAUAUUACUACUGUACAACUUUUUUUUUUUUUGCAAAAGUAUAAUAAAAGGCAUCUGAUCUAAAAAUAACCAGUGUCAUGAAACUCACCAAUCAGUUUGAUACUAUCGACAACAUGUUUUUAUAUAAAACAACAACAAAAAUGUACAAUGAUGUGUAUUUAUAAACAUAAAUAUAUAAAUAUAUAAAUAAAUAAAAGCAGUAUAUACUUCUAUAUUGCAUUAUCUAAAUUUCGCUCAGGUUUUUUUCACCUGCAACUGCUAAACUAUAUCUUUUGCUGUCCUUUUCAUUCUCCUCG